AUGUCGGCAGCUCAAGAGUUCAACGACACCCACAAGGAGGCCGACCACAUCAACGGCAACGGCACCAGCUCCCACGACCACGCCAAGCAGCGCAAGCCUUACGACUAUGGCGGCAACCCUCUCGCGCACAUCAACACCGGCGACUCUGCACGUCUCCAGGCCUUCGGUGGUGCCAUGCAGCCCGGUCUCUACAAGGUCGACACCAAGAACAGUUUCGCCAACCCAGCUCCUCUCGGUCUGUGCGGUUUCGCCUUGACGACCUUCCUGCUCUCCGCCAUCAACCUCGGCACUCGAGGUCUCAGCGAGCCAAACAUUGUCAUUGGUGCUGCGUUCGCGUAUGGUGGUCUCUGCCAACUUCUUGCCGGCAUGUGGGAAAUGGCUGUUGGCAACACUUUCGGUGCUACCGCUCUCUCGUCGUACGGUGGUUUCUGGAUCGGCACUGCGAUCAUCUUGACACCAGGUGGAUUCGAAAUCAUUUCGACUCUUGAGGCGGGCGGCAAUGCAGCGCCUUUCUUGAACUCGUUUGGUCUUUAUCUGAUGGGCUGGUUUAUCUUCACAUUCCUCCUGCUUAUCCUCACCCUCCGAUCGACCGUCGCGUUCUGCUUCCUCUUCCUGACGCUGGAUCUCGCCUUCCUCAUGCUCGGCAUCGCCUACCUUGACUACGGCCCAACUGGAGAGCCAAACACCGCAUGCCUUCGCGCUGGUGGUGCUUUUGGAAUCAUUGCAGCUUUCGCGGCUUGGUACAACGCCUUCGCCGGUAUGGCCGACUCGAGCAACUCCUUCUUCGUCGUCCCCGUCGCCCACUUCCCCUGGUCCGAGAAGGGUCGCGAGAACCGCAAGAAGGUCGACAACAGCGAGGCUCGCGCUGAGCAGCAGGUUUAA